AUGACCAACUGUCCUGCUAGGAGUCAUCGAUAUCUAUCUCUCAAAGUAUGCACUUCACAGAAACGUCAAAAUAAUGAGAUUGCCAUUUGCAAUCAUCUCAAGGCGAGCAACAUCGAACACCCCGGGAUACCGUUUGUUCGCAUAAUACUUGAUUCUUUCAACAUCAUGGGUCCAACUGGGAACCAACACCAGUGCUUACUUUACCAACCACUUGGGAUGAGCUACACGGAAUUCCUUGACAUGUUUCCCCGCAAGCAGAUGCCUGAAGCCCUGGUUCAAAGGAGCAUGCAGUUGAUACUCUUGGGGCUAGACUAUCUCCACAAAGCCAGGGUUGUCCACACAGGCAUGUUUUCCUUAUCUGACAUAUCUGCAAAUAACAUUCUCCAAGGGAUCACUGAUCUUACGGCCCUUUCUGAAUUUGAAGAUGGUGAGGUCAACCAGCCCAUCGCUAGAAAGGUUCUUGAUGACCGCACGAUCUAUGUGUCGCGACCCAUGCCGAUAAAUACGGGAUUACCUGUCCUCUGUGAUUCGGUGAAGCGCGCAUCGGUGACAAGCACAAGGACGAUGUUAUGCCAGGGAUUUACAGGGCUCCAGAGGUUAUUCUGGAUAUGGAAUGGGAUUCUAAAGUGGAUAUUUGGGCAGCCGGCCUCACAGUAA